AUGAGAGCAGCAGAAAGAGAGACCGCGCACACACACUCCUACCAGUGCAUCCAUCCAACGAUCCUCCGUUUAUCGGUAAGAUUUUCAUGCUAUAUCAUACAACUCACUGACUUAGUAUUCUACCUCGUGAUUCAUACAUUUAUGUGAAUUACACACCCUUGAUUUCUGAGGUUUUGCUGAAUCUGGAAUAAUAGCCUCUAUAUAUAUCUGAGCUGUUCGACAUGCUGUCUUUUCUUAAGGUGUAGGAAUGUGUAUUUGUAACAGAGAAUUUCAGGGAUUUAAAAAGGAUAAUAAUAUGUUGCGAUCAACAUGUGUUGGUUGUGGAGGCGGUGGAUAGAGACGCACAUUUAAGGCUGUUUCUUCAAAGCUGUUGAUUAUAAAGCCCCUGCCCGUGUGUCCACCACCCACUGCUGUUUAAUUAUGGUAGGUGGUCGACAAUUACGGGGGCUUGAUUGUUUUUGUCUUCUCGAUUGUUUGUCUUUAUGUUUAAAUUUUUCACAAGAAAUCAGCUCGGGCAUUGCAGUGUGUUUCUUGUCCUUGAAAAACAGGCUAAGGCGCAGUGAAAUAGUGUGCGUGUGUGUGUGCGUGUGUGUACCUAAAUUAACGAGGUAUACUGUAGUAGCCUGUCCUACCAGAUCCCCACCACACACAUACACACACUACUUGUUAUUUCUCCUUGCUGGUCCUAUAUAUAAAUAUAAACUGGGAUAGCCUAGUGGACAAUCUAUCUGUUUGAGUGACUUACACUGCUUCUCCUUUUUAUUAAAAUGUUAUUUUAGUUCAUGUCAAAAUAAUUUUAGACUGAUACCAUGCCAGGAAAAAAGGCCCAACCAUUGAGUCUCCUUCCUCUCAUGCCUAUUCCUCUCACUUAUGUGAUCUCUUUACCUCUGUAGCUUUAAUGCCCCCUUAAUCUUCUUUAAUCCCACAGUCAUAGUUUUGUACAUAUUCAGAAAAAAAAAACAUUAUCCUGCUUAGUCAUAAUCUCAGUGUAAUAAUUCUCUAUGCAUUUGAAUCAAUUGUUAAUCUCUAUGCACAGGCUGUUGUUUCCACCCUCUGGUGCCAGUGUAUAUAUAUACGUGUUUGUGUGUGUGUGUGUGUGUGUGUGUGUGUGUGUGUGUGUGUGUGUGUGUGUGUGUGUGUGUGUGUGUGCGUGUGUGUGUAUCUUGCCUAUUCCCAUUGAGCCAUUAAUUGCAUUUCAAUAAUUAAAUGUCUUUCAAAUCAGCCUAGCGAAACAAAAUGAGCACGCAGGGAAGGGAGAAGCGCUCGUGCACGGACUGUGUGACUACAAAGCAUAACCUUGUGUUUGUGUUCGUCUGUGUGUGUAUGUGUGCGCAUGGGAGUUGAAGUUUUGCCGUUAUUUACACAUUCAGCAGUGGAGAAAAAAAUAGAGUUAGUUAGAAUACCAGCUAUGUGCUGCAGCAUGAAACAAGAUAAGUCUUAUUCAACCCUUCUUUGUCUAGAUUUUUACCAUGGAAACUAAAUCUAAAUGUUACAGACGUGCUUUAAAAGAAGAUGAUCUCCUUGAAAACAAUAAAGUAAAAGUCAAACUGCUUAUCUGUCUACCAAAGAAGAAAUGAAAUCAUAUGAACACAAAGUAUGAAUACUGGGUGAAUAUUUAAAACAUAAAGAAGGUCUAAGAAGAUUGGUACAAGAGUCCUAAGCAGACACACAUUCACACAUUUAUUCAUUUCAAUAAAUUGGUCAUUUCAUUUGAUUUCUUGAAAUCUUGAUUUAAUUAUCUUAUCUCAAGUUUACUAUUCCCCUUAUGACAGAUAUAUUUAUCUCACUGUCCUGAUAUAACAAAGCUUUUUUUGUGAUAAUGAGACCAUUUUCAAGUCAUCUGACUGAUCAGUGACCACAACACACCAUUCAACACCAUUGUUGCUCACAGUGAGUGAGGCUCAUUUCUAUUUGUAUUUUUUGUGUUUUUGCAACUCUGGAGUACAAAUUGUGAUCAUCAGACAUUAAUGUGGUUCAAGUGAAUCAGAAACUAAUUAGUUGAGAUCUUGAGAAAGCAACAGUAAUCAACUCAUUAUCAUAAUGAAGCACUGUAAGUAAAAUGCAUCUACAGUUGAUUUCUUCUGCAUUUUACCCACGUUCUUCAGGUUUUAAAUACACACAGCAUGUGCACACCCAGGCAUAUGGUUUGUACCUGAACACUGUGUUGUUGCCGAGAUAUAAGUGAUUUGUUUCUACCUGUUAAGAUUGGAGGAGUUCUGGAGGCACAACAGAGAGUCACAGAAGGAGAUAGUGUAAAUGAGUUUCUUCAUCCAUAUUAGGAAAAACAAAUGAUGAAUCCAUAAAAUCAGAAACAAAACCUAUAAAGGGUCACAAUUAUCUACAAAGACUCAUUUUACCCUUCCCUCCUUUUUACAUUUUGUUGGUGUACACACGUGCAUUUUUGCACAUGUGUGUUCCUGGAAUUGAUCUAAUGAUUGAUUGGUGUAAUUGAUGCGUGUGCUGAAUGUAGAGCUCCUAUGAAAGGAGCAAAUCUCUGAGGAGGGGAGACAAAUGGUUGAAGUGAUUUGGUUAACGCCCAUUUAUUCUUUUUAUUGAAACUCUAUGGCUGCAGUGAACACCAUGAAUAACACCCCACUCACUUAUGGACACAUCCACACACACAGAUACAGUCCUGCAUGUUUUCCCCUUAGUGGACAGUCCCGUCUUGUUCUCUGGUGUCUCCCUGGUCUUUAGUGAAUUUGUAAAAGCCUGAGGUUUUGUUUUGUUUUUCUUUUUUUCUUUUUUCCACUGACCCAAAACUAAAGCUGAUCCAGUUACGGCUCUAACCCUCUUACUGUGCUCCCACAGCGCCAUCAAGGGUUGUAUUUAUGCUUUUUUGAGAUUAAGACAGAAGCGUUGUCUGUGUCCUGGCAGUGUGUCUGAUAUUGGUAAUCAUCUUGCCAUACUUUGCAGGAGGUGGUUUUAUAUUGUUCUGCUCAGACUUGUUGCAUGAAUCUGUAUGGAAACUGCCUCUGCAUUGCAUUGCUUUGGGGUUUUCUCUCCUUCGCUUUUCCGUGCAUAUCUUCUUUGUUUUUAUGGGUUUCUUCUAUCUCUCCUCUCUCUCAGUCUCAUAAACUGUCUUUAUACUGCUAUCUGUGCGUGUUUGUGUGUGUGUGCGCACGCCUCUCCCAACGGGUGUCACUGUUAGCAGGAUUAAUAAAGGGUUAUUAACCUCUGUUUGCCCUCUGUAGAGUUAACAGGGAGCAUCCUGAGACUUCAGGCUUGCUCCAUGGCACAUGAGGAUAUUUUCUAACAAGAGCCAGACCUAGUCUAUAGCUGAGGAUGGACUGCGGAGAGGUGAUUUUUUCUGCCACUGGAAUGAUGGAAGUGUUGAGUAGAAUGCUCAUUGCAGCAAUAUCAGACUAAUGGAUUUAUUUGCAAUAUAGCAUGAACAUGCACGAAAAACAAUGGUGCAGUGUGUACUCAAGCACUGUCAUGGCUCACUGUGAGUAUACAAAAUAGUUUCAAGUCACAUGACAUCACUUACUGGCAACUUAUAACCAUUGUACCAUCAUUGUGGAUGAAUGUAAAACCCACAAAGAUAGAAGCUACCAUAAUGUUAAAACAAUGCCUUCACUAUCAUGAUACUUCCUCUCUUUAAAAGUGGCUUUACAUCACUGUUCUGACAGGAUAACAAAGAUAAUUCAUUGCAUGUUUCACACCUAUCACGUGUGAAAUAAUGUCCAAAAUUUUGAUAUGCCAACACAUUUUAAUACCACGUAAACAAAAGAAAAAUAUCUGUUAUUUUGAAAUUUAAUUGAAAAAGUACAAUAAGUCUUGACCUGCCUGGGCAAAUGAAAGUGAAAGAACUUGCAGAGGUGGUAAGUUGACAUAGAGACAAGGUUAAGAGAGAGUGUGCCUGUAAAGUAAAACAGAGCAAACUGAAAAAUUAAAAGUUAAAAUUGUUAAGUUUAUUUUUUUUCACAGUAGAUAAGCUCUUAAGAUUAAAUAAAUAUGUUCACACCCCUGCACAGAUGUGCAGGAAGGUGCUGGAUUCAGUUUGCUAACAGCUGAUAUCACACUUCUUCUCGCCUGCUGUGUGUGCCAGUUCUACACCCUCGGUCAAAGCCACCACGGCUACAUCGAUGUAUUUUUAGGUUGGUAAUUGUUACAUCCUUAUAGCGUCCAAUCAAAGCACAAGUUUAUAUCUAUGUCAGACAGACAGAUAACAGAGGAGUGAGACAACAAUGUCACCACGUCCUUUUGUGUUUCCUCCUUGUCCUGACCUUUAAAGUGUUGACAGGGAGCUUCACAGAGCUGCACAGUGAUUGGUGUCCAAUGAACGACCAAAUUAGUAAGGAAAUGAUUAGAACAUAUAGAUGGUCUGCCUUUACAUUGUGUGGAUAUGCGGUCUCUGUUAUCAUGUCUUUAUGCAUGAUAAUUUACAGGAAGCAUUUUAUUUUGGUGACAUAAUUCGUAAGAACCUCUGGCAUAGACUGCUGGCCUGACGGUCUACACCUGCGCCCCACAUGAAAUUUGAGCCUCAGACAGUUGUUUCCAGGCUGUGGCUGCUUUCCUGCUUGUCACUCUCUUUCUCACCCUGUUGAUUACCGCUGUCCUGUCAUCUCCAUGUAAAUGCAAAAUUCCUGAAAACAAAUCCAGGAAAAAGAAAAGAAAAAUAUUUUCUUAACUUUUAUAAUUGUUAACAAUAUGCUAAAUGUUGGUUUUUGUUCAGGGACCAUUUCUGUACCAUUACUGCAUGUGGGUUGGAAAUCGAAAAUAAAUGAACAUUUUUGGUGCCAAGGGGUGUACAGAUAUGUAGGGGUGUAAAUCACCAGCUUCAUCAUAAUCGUAUAUGUGCUGAUAGAAUAUUAAUUGAAUUUGAUCAAAUUCAGGGGUUUGCAGUCAAUUUGAGAUAAUAUUAUUUAUGAAAAUCAGUCAUCUAAAGAAGAAAAUACAGUUCUUUGAUUCUUUUUUUUUUUUUUUGACGAUUUCAUAGCUCAAAGAUUUCUAAAAUUUGAAUGAAAAAUGUUUUCCUUUUAAUAAAAAUAACACUGCUACACUGUUAAGUGGCACAUUUUUAUUUGCAAAAGCAAAUUUCUUUACACUCAGCAUUGAAUGCCCCUUAGGUCCUUCAAAUCAUGAAGAUAACUUUGAUGGCACGUUACAGUAACACACACUUCUGUAAUAAGUGAUAUCUUUCUAUCUGGGGAGAAAGGUACUCCUGUGUUUGCUUAACUUUUCCCUGAGGUGCUGUCUUGAUGGGAUAGAGUUUUCUAGCUCCAGAGUGUGAAAUAGGUUCAUUUUCAACAACACUCUGUGGCCCCAUGUCAGAUAAACUUUGCUUUUCUUGUCCUCUUUAUGCUCAAGAAGUGUCAUCUAAUCCAAAAAUCUCCCCCUCCUGAUUUAAACAGUCAAAUGUAUCUUAAAUUGUGAAAAGUCAGUGUGUAAAAUGUAAAAUCAGAACUACCUUCUCCCUUACCAGUUUCAGGCAUCAAAAACUAUAAUUAAAAAUGGUCAAUUUAAUCCCUGAGAGUUAUUUACUUUUGUGUGUCAUAAAAAAUGUAAGAAUUUAGAUUUCAUGAACAUCAUAAAGUCCUCACCGUGGCUUAAAGGGAUUUGUUAAAAACUUCUGUAAUUGUUGGUGCCAGAAACAGACAGAGUGUUACCUUCUACAUCUUUGCUGAUUUUGUCCUGCAAAUGUCUUCUGACAUAAAAACUCCUCCUGCUUUAUUUGAACAGUGAAAUGUAUCACUCAUUGUAAAAAGACAUUAAAAAGGUCCAUCUCUUCACUCUGCUUUAAAUCAUCUGAUCUGACACCUUCCUCCUCACAAGAGUCACAUCACAGGCACUUAAAUUUAUGAUCUAGAAAUAGUCAGUCUUGUCAAUGACGUUCUUUUAUGUAAAUACUUUGGCCUCUUCAAAAAAACAUAUUGAAGUUGAAACCAGGGGUGGGAAUCACUAGUGGCCACGCGAUACGAUAUUAUCACGAUACUUGGGCCACAAUUCGUUAUUUUUGCGAUUUUAAACAUUUUGCAAUACAAUGAGAAUUGUGAUACCAUAUAUAUCAAAAAAUAAAAAAAAUUUCAACUAUUUGGCAAAUUUAGCAUUUGAUUAUCAUAGACUUGAGUUCUUAUCAGCAAUAAAUUUGAAAAAAUCAAUACUUGGUGGAUGAGACUAUACGAUAUAUCACCAGACAAGACAAAAUAUCGCGAUACUAUGCUAUAUGGAUUUUUUCUCCCACCCUUAGUUGUACAGACUCACUCACAAACUACAAGGUUAUUAGUAGAAGUUAUUUUUAACCAAAUGAAAUGCAAAGAGUUUUCUGCGUAAUUGUCAGUCACACUCUUAGUUUUUGAGAAUUUACCACCUUAAACAUAAUAUAUUGUCUCAUCUGUUUCAGGUGGGUUUAUCCCCCCUAAAUGUUUUGUCAUUGCUCCCUUUUGAAAGGCGAACCAUAUCAGUACAUAAAUUAAUGAUAAAGGUCAUCAAAGUGUAACUGUUGAGGCACAAACAGCAGCAAUAAUUGUGUUUUGACCGUCUUUUCUUAUUUGUAGGAUACUGCUCUGCCCAGGUAGUUGCUAUUGCCCGUUUGCAGGAGCAGGUGUUAAGUAAGGGGUGUAAGCAGAACGGUCAACUUGAUUGAUAAAUUGUAACCACUUUAUCAGGUGCGGUAAUCAAAGCCCCACCCGCCAUAACAGUUAAGUACCUUCUCUGUCUGUCCUCAGCUGCAGUUCUGCCCAGCCUGUGUUCGCUUUACUGCUUCCUCCCUGCGAAAGAUUUCUGCUCUCACCCCGGUUAGCAGAAGAUGAGAAGCAAGAUACUUGAAUACUAACUGGGAAAGUGAGACGCUUACAUAGAUGUGGAGAUAGCAUAUUAAUGGUGUUGUUUUAUCAUUUUUUAAAGGUAGAAAGCCCCUGCAAUGGCACCUCAAAGGAAAACUUGAAAUUAAUGAAUGAUAAUCAGACUCCUUUAUCUCUGUACUGCAGAGCUUUCGUCGAAGUUAGACAUAUUCAGAUUCCUCAGCCAUCUAUUUUGUAGAGAAUCCAUUUCUGAAAUCUGGGCUUUUUUAGGGCCAGUGAUAAUUAUAGACAUCAUUCUCUGUCAUUUAUUUCCAAAGGCACAAGCCCCGAUGAAACGGGAUGUUAGCACUUUCACAGAAUUCAUUAAAGUCUCUAUGAGCUUCAGCAGUUUGGAAGUGUACUCAGAGCCUAGAAGUGAAGCGGCGUGCUGUAAUUUGAGCUGAAGCAAAGGAGGAGAUUUUGAUGAGGGACUUUUCUUUUGCAGCUUCGUUGUGAACACUUCAGAGGGAAGGAGAAGAGCGAGAGUCUGCCUUGUGUUUGUAAAAGAAAAAAUAGCCGGUGCAUUCAGUGCCCUGUAUAUGUGUCUAAGUGUAUGUGUGUUCUAGGACAAGGCAAAGUCAAAGAGUGCCCUGAGUGACAGAUCUGGAGCCGGAGUGAAGAGUCCUUGCAGAGACAGAAAAUGCUGAGUCCUGCGUAAAAAAAGAAAACGUUUAUCUGUCUACAUGGAGGGAGGAAGAUAUCUUUUAAGAGUAAAAAAAUCUCACUGUCAGCCUGGCAGAACGAAAAAUGUCUAUCACUUGCAGUUGCCUUGGUAACUUUGGCUUGGAAUAGUCUCUGGAAAUGUGUGAGUGUGUGUCUGUGUACAAAAACUGUGAAUGAGGAUACCCAUGUUACAAACACAUUUCCCCUUGCCUUGGAAGCAUGCCGCCUAAAGGUGUUGCGUUUAAAUGGCAGUAAGGAUCAACAUAAAUACAGUAGAUGUCAGUGACGUCAUGUUCUAAUGGUAAAAAUGCCAACUGCUGAUGAGAAUUAGGAUUACUGGGACAGAUUAGAGGCUGCUUUUAAAGGCCAGUCAAUUUAAUUGCAUGGAAUUAAUCAGGUUGUCAGGAUUAAACCUUUGCUACUUAAACCACAAGAGAUUUCCUGACAUAUCCAGCUCUUUUAGUCACAGGGGAACAUUUUAUAGAUGGAUAUUGGGUUUCUCAAAUCUACCCGUGAGGCGUGCUGGGAACCCCACCUGAGCAGAUUGGAGCCAAAGUUGGGCUCAAAAUGUAGGAUCCCCUUGCAGACAACGUGCCACAACUCAAAAGGUCAGAAUGGUGUCACCAUUACAAGUAAAAGCCAGCCACCCAUGGUGUUAUUAUCUACUCACAAAUGCACACUUACACACAGACACAUACAGGAGCACACACAGGGAUGUUUCACACUACUUUCCCUGGCUUAGCUGCAUGGCUGCGUCUCUCCUUACUGAAAGUAGGGCUGUCUGUCUUUGAAAAGUUCAGCUCCCACAGCUCAGAAGGUCAGGAACAUUACCUCCAUUUACAUCUUUGCCAGACGCCCCCUCCUUUCUCUCUCAGCCAUUCUAACUCUCUCCGAAUCUGCGGUGCACUCUCUGCAAUGUCUGACUCACAGUGUGACAUCUGAAAGCAGAUGAAGGCACAUGAAGGUAUAUUGACUCUGAUGCUUGAGUUUUGUACCUGUGGGCAUCAUCUGACUUUCUGAAUUGACUUAGAGCUGUUGCAUCAUUCAGGCACGGAAUCACAGCUUCUGUGUUGCUAAUUUGAUUAAGUUGACAAAAUUAUGUACUAAAAUGCAUAAAUCGAUAAGUGUUUUAAAAGUUCUGGACACUAUGAAUGGACUACAUGUAGGGCUGGGUGAUAAAACGAUAAUGAUAUAUAUUUAAAAAAUUAAUUUCCCUCGAUAUCGAUAUGAAACAUGGUUAAUAUGCUUUUCGGUAGCAGGCAUUCUGCCAUGUUUUGGUAGACUAUACCAAUAGCCAAUGAAAAGGGGAGUUGCUCCGGGUCUUCGCCACACCGAACCAGCCAUUCAGUCCGCUUUCUCUGGCGCAAAUGUCCAAGACGCACAAAGACCUCACAGAUGCAGUAGCUUAUUGUAUUGCGAAAGACAUGCUACCAAUAAGAACUGUUAUAUUUCAUUUAAGAGUAACAGGGAACAUUUAAGAUUGACAAGUGAUUUUUUUUAAUAUCAUGAUAUAUAUCAAUAUCGACUGAUAUAAAAAUAUAUAUCAUGAUAAACUUUUUCCCAUAUCGCCCAGCCCUAACUAUAUGUUUGUUGUUGUUUACAAAUCCAUUGAAAAAAGUCAAAACCAAUAAUAUUCGUCUUUCUUGCGGUGCUAUACCCACAUUUUUCUGCAGCUUAUGGGUGCUUUACUUUUGUUAAAGGUUGUUCAAACAGAUCUUUCUCAGAUAAGGAAAAAUACAAAUCUAUUGUAUGCCUAAAAGUGCAGAGUAGCACAAUGUGGGAUUGACCAAAUGCUUCUAGAUUGUCUUUACGGAUUACAAACUGGUUAGAUAUUUUUGAUAACAGGAUAACAGCCCUCCCCUCUAAAAAUAGAAGCAAGGUCAUGAUGUAUUUAACAUGAACAAAAAGACUUAGAGGGCUGUGUGACUUAAUCUGUAUUUGUUAAUUCAUGCUGACGUAAAUUCAUCAGACAGUUUUAUCAGUGCUGCGCCUGUCGAAAGCAGUUUGUCAGAGGACUUUUCAAGGGAGAACAAAUAAAAUGAGACCUUGACUGUCUGCUUAGGAGGACACUGAGUGGAAGUGACAAGGGCAGUGUGUGUUUUGAACGAGAAAGAGGAUUCAUACUUAAAUCUAUGAGCUGGAUGCAGUAAAUUGUUAAGUGUAGGUAGGGCUGGACAGCUUUUUGUGUUGGAUCAGGACACACUGCUCUUGGGCCAAGGCUUGUAAUAAUCUAUGAUAUAAAAAAAACAAUAUAAACAUUGAAAUGAUUUUGGCCUGAGCCAUAGACUGUAUAUACCAUGGACAACUUGGUUUCGCCUUCUGCCAGAUUUGAAGCUGAAAAGCUGUCGGUAUUUCCACGUUUUUUCUCCAUUUCCUGAAGCCAACAUUGCGCAGGACCGUUGUACGCAUUCAGCGGGAGAGUCGCUGUGAUGACGCUCGGCUCAAGCAGUGUAUCCCCUAUGUGAGCUUCGCAAUCUUCAUACGCCCAUAGGCUGUAUCAGGUGUCAAUCAUAGAAAACAUGAACCACCUAAUAACUUUUAAAAACGGAGCUGUACAGAAAAAAGAGGACUUGAGCACAAACCAGUCUUACUGUAACUACAUGUUAACAUCGCAAGCGGGGGGGGGAGACACAUUUAUAUUCCGUGUAAUAAAUUUCUAAAGUUUGUGUAUAGCUCCAUAGGGAUUGCUGGAGGAGGCGGGAUUUAUGACCUAUACUGCAGCUCGUCACCAGGGGGUGCUAUUCUCGGAGUGGCUUCACCCAGCAAGGAGGCAGACGGCGUCCAUUCUAUAUACAGUCUAUGACCUGAGCACAUACGUUUAUGCAGAUGCAUAUUUCAUAAUGGCAAAGUUUUGAUUAGGGGUGUCCCGAUACAAUAUUGAUAUCGAAUAUCGGUCUGAUGUCAGCAAAAAGCAAUUAUCAGAUUAUAUCGGCCUGCAUCUAAAAUCUCUGAUAUCAGCACUCCAAUACAAGCAGUCCAUUCCAGACUCUGCUCCUGCACCUUUAUCUGGCAGCACCCUGAUCUAGCAUUCAGAGCUCACUUAGUCACAACAACAGUGUGUACUAAGGUACUAACAAAGUAGCAAGGAGCAGAAGUGAUGUCGGCCAUGUGGAAGUAUUUUUUGUUCAAGUCCGAAAAAGACGUUGCAGCUGAGUGCAAAACUUGUCAUGAACAAGUUUGUGCUCAUAUUGGUUCAAUAUCGGUAUUGGCCAAUAUUAAAGGCUACAAUACCGGUAUCAUAUAAAAAGUAGAAAGUUGUAUCAGGACACCCCUACCUACAACUAUUACCCCAAAAAGCUUCAAAAAGCAAAAUUUGCGAGAAUAUUUAAUAUAAUUUGUUAGAGAUGUUUGACGAAAGUAAUCGGAAGUAAAAAAGUUAUACCGGGACACCCCUAUUUUUGAUUUUAAAAAAAGCUUUUUCUAUGAUAACACUCUGCAUGUUCACUCUGUAAAUACAAGAGAGUGUAGGCUUAGUCCAAAUAAAUUUUAGCCCCCUGUGACAGAUUGAAGGUAACGUAUGGAAGUUUUAGGGUUCAGAUAAAAUAAGCAUCAGUUUUUUUGUUAAAUGUGGUCUCCUUAAUGAAUUUGUUGACAGUCGAGGUAAAAAACUCGAUCACCACCGCAUUAAUCCUUUAAUGGGUUUGACAUUAAUGGCUCCCUCGGGCUGGACCACUUUAUUUUGGAGGGAAAAUAGUCUGUCACAUGCCAGAGCACAACAGAGGACAGGACUGUACUCAGCAGGAUGGGCCACUAAUUUUCUGGCUGGUGCCCAUUGUUGUUGCUGUUGACACUCAGGUACAUUGUGAGCACAGUCACCUGCCAUCUCUCUCAUACAGUAACAGCCAGCAGAUUCCAGCUCUGCAUGGUGCUGCUAAUAGAAUCCUCUAUUCACGCUGCAUAAUGACAAGAGCGCAGCAGACAAACAACAACAUAAACAUCCAUAUGUUGUUUCACACUCUGUACCUUUGUCUACUCUCCAUUUCUCUUUUUCUCUUUUUAUGCUAUACGCUUUUCUUUUUUUCUUCUUUUUUUCUUUUCCUUUUUUGGGGGCAUGAAGUAAGCAAUGUUGCCUGGCAACAACAACACCAUAGAUGGUGCAGUGUGUCCACGUUUCUUUUCUUUUUUAAAGGUAUAAAAGAAGGGUGAAAAAAAAAAGAGGAGAGGUUGGGAAGUAGAGAGAUUAGAAGGAGGAGAUGGGUGAUGAUAGAUGACGUAGGGAUGUGGGGGAGAUGGAAAGAAGAUGAGACGUGGGGGAAGAUGAGAGCAAGGGUGGAGGAGGGAGGUAAAGGCCUCCUCCUGAUCAGUCAUUCUGUGCAGACCAGACUGACUAAAAGAUGUCCGUUUAUACACAAAGGCUUAAAUGUCGAGAAGGAAGGAGAGAAAGAGAGAGAGGUCAAAGCUGAUUUUGAAGACAAGAAGCUGAUUUAACUCAAGAUAAUAAGAGAGGCCAUCAAAUAUGUAUGAGUUCAUUUAGCAGAUGUGCUCUGAACAGCUAAACAGACUGCAGUUGGCGGUACAGCUGUAGUUACAGGCUAUUGUUGUUUUCAUUAUAUCUCUCUCACUGCCUCUCCUUCGUGGUCUCUCAACAUCUUUUGCGGUCUGUUGUCUAAUUUCACGCAACUGGUUAGUCUCAAAGCAUCAUGUUUUUUUUUUCUACUGUCUUUCCUCACAUUGUUUCUAUCUCUACUCCGACCAUUUGCCCUUUCCUUUUCUUCUAUCAUUUUUAAGGAACGGUUUAGAGAUAAAGUCUAAGUUCACCUCUGCUAACUAGAAAUAAAGUGUCUUGUUUUUUUUCUGGACACCCUCCUCUCUCGUGUUCACGGUUAAAUUGGCAGAAUGAUUGACUGACAGAUGUUUUCUGUCUCCCUCUUUCAUCAUCCCACAUCCUCGCUCUCUCUCCUCUCAUCUCUGUCUCCCUCACUUUUUUUUCAAAAUCCUCUUGUCCUUCAUCUCUUUACUCCCUUACGCAAUAAUCUUCUCCACCUUUAUCUCUCCCUCCCUCUCCUCUGCAAUCCUCUUCUCUCCACCCUCCACUCUCUAUCCUCUCUGCAAUCCUUCCCUCUUCACUUUUGGCUCUUUCCCUCCUAAAAUCUAUUUCUCUCUUUCAUCUUGUCUGUCCUUCUUCCUCAUCCAUUUUUCUUCCUUUCAUACCUUCUCGGCUUUAAAUCCUCUUUCCAUUUUUUCCAGCACUUCAUUUUCUUUUCCAUAAUCCAUCCAUCCUUCCUCAUAUGAUUCCUCUAAACAAACUGUAUUUCUCUCCCUUUUUGCUUCAUCCCUCCAUCAUCAUAUUAAAAUGAUCUUUUUCUUUCACGCUCCUUUAUUCCCUCAGCUCUCUGUGGUCUGUGCUGCGAUGUUGAUCCUGGACGUAUUGUCCCCACUCCUCCUCCUCCCCCUCGUUCUGUCACCGCGCUAUCAUUGCUGGGCGGCAGACAUUCCCGAGGAUGCUACAUCAGAGUUCUCCGUCAGACUGUACCACCGACUGCAGGCAGCAGGGGAUCAGGACAACAUCAUUUUCUCCCCGCUGAGCGUGGCCGUGGCCCUCGGCAUGGUGGAGCUGGGAGCCAAAGGGGAGUCGCUGGAGGAGAUCCGACAGGCGGUGGGGUUCAGUCACCUCCUGCCAGGUGAGAGACAACUUCAUAACCACAAGUUCAGCAGGAUCACUGCAGGUGAUGAGGGAACGAAGCGCAGGUGGAUCCUAAAUUUUUUAGUGCAAAGUUAAUUUCAGCCUACAUGAAAUUCUCCAUAAUUAAUUGAGAGGGCACGCCAUUUUUUUAGUCUAUUUAUCAUGAGGAGCCAUAGAAGAAGAGUUUUGAGUUUCCUCUGUAGGUCUACUGGCAGCUCUUUAAAUGUCUGAAAACUUGGUGAUGGUGUCAAACUGUUUUAUGUCUCAUUAGAGAGGCUGCUUGUUAGAAUAGAGGUGUAAAGUUUGAAAGACAUUAGAGCCUCAUUAUCCUAGUGUGUCUUCAAUUUAAUGAUAAUAAUAAUAACUUUAUUUGUAUAGCACCUUUUUAGAACAGUUGUCACAAACUGCUUCACAGUCAUCAAAUUAAAAAGGGUGAGACAACAAGACGUAAAAAUCAACAAAAAGUACGCUAGCAGCCAAAGUCCUGGUUAUACAAAGGCAAGUGUGAACAAAUGGGUUAAGUAUCCACAGUGUCCACAGUCCUUAGUUCUCGAGGGAGAGAGUUCCAAAGUUUCAGAGCAAAAAACGUAAAUCUACAGUCUCCUUUAGAUCCAUUUGAAAAGUUCUCAAACUUUCACAAGUUUUCCUAUUUUUGGAAUUGUUCAUCACUGAGAAAAAAAAAAUCUUGAAAACAUUCAGGGGUACUCUUACUCACAUUUGAGAGCUGAUAUGCCAGGGUCAAAGUAUUGGAUAUUGUGAAUUCUUUGCUUUACUACCUCUUUUUAAAAGCAUUUAGGGACAUGUGUUUUAUAUAAGAUAAACUCUGCUUUAAAUCAGGCAAUGUUAUGUCUAAAAUACAGAAUUUUAAAGCUAGUGUUAGGAGUUUUUUGACAUUUAUGAAACAUCAUAUUGAUGAAUUUGUAUGAUAUUCACAAGCAAACAAGACCAUUAGGAACAAGACUGACCAAAAAUGUUCAGUCUUAUUCCUGAAAAAAGUAAAACCUCCUGAAUAGUCAUUUUUAAUACCUCGUACUGUUGUAAAGGGGUAGAUAAGUGUCAGCCAAGUAGCUUGAGAAACAGCUCUGUUUUCACAGUUUACACAAAAUAUAUCACCAUAAAUAAAACAUUUGACAGUGAAAAGUCAGAAAGGAUUAGAGUUUUUCCUCAAAAGUCACUACUUAAGAUACGUAAAGACUGCUUUAUCCACAGGAGCAUUAAAUACACAUUUAAAAGUAAGAACUAAUGUAAAAAUGUAUCAUGUAUUGCCUAAGGUGUGCGCAUAAAAGGAAUGGUACAGGUAGCUUUGCUUUUUAAUGCAGGCCUACAGGCAUCAAACACUAAAUAUUAGACAAAUAUGAACUGUGUUGUUUUGAUUUUAUUGAAAAAUCUAAAUGUAAUUCUAUUUCAGAAAGUUUCAGCUGUUUCAGAGCUGAAGUCUCUCCUCCUUAAAUGGCCAUUGGAUUGGGAAUUGAAUAAUUUUUUUGUGUAGAGAAAAAAAUAAUCCCACUAAACUUGAUCAAAAGUCAUCUCAACUUUAAAUGAGAGUGAAAUCCCUGGUGUUUGAGUUAGAGUGGAUUAAUUUAUGAUGUUUUAAAAGCACCUGAUCUACAAAAAUGAAUAUUGGUUCUUCAUGCAGCCUGUUUUAUCAGUUCAGAUGAAUAGCGGAAUUGGAGGGGACCUCAACAUUUCAGGCCAAGAGUUUAACAAGAAUCUGAGUUCAGAAUGGAGAUCAUAUGAGUGAUACACCCAACAGUGAAAGGGGGAGCUUUUGGACUUUUCUAUUCAGGAAAAACUGAACUCCGAUUUAUAAAGACAUCAGGGUAUUAAUCAUUUCAGAAACACUGGUGCAAAUAUUCUGCAUUAUCUGCCUCAGACUAGAAACCUUCAUGAGAACAAAUGAAAGUAAAAUUUUAAGCCGCUGGUAGAUAAAGUCCACUAGUAUUAAAGUAACAUUUUAGUUCAAGGUGUAACCCAAUGACUUAUGGGAAUGUAGUAUCAAUCUUGUGGUUUUUUGAGGCUGUAAACUAGAAAUGCCUUGGUGUGCAUCAGCUUUCGUCUUGUUUUAAUAUUUGUCAUUUGAAUCAUGAAACUCUCAGCACGGGGAAUAUAGAAUCACUAGGGCAUUUCUUAUUCUCCUAAAAUGUUAUUAACUGUGACAGAUAUGGUGCUACUUUAAAUUAUUUAUACACAAGAUUUGAGAAGGAAAGGAAAAUGUUUAUCAAAUGUUGAAGAAUAUGUUUAAUAUCUUAAAAUUUUAAGAAUGAAUUGACCCGUCAACUCUGAUUAAAGUUCAGUAUGUAUGAAAUGACUGGAUAACCAAACAGUUGUGUUCAUAAUUGGUAUAAACGCUCACUGAAAAUCAACUUUGUCCACUUCUGUUCUCCAGGCACAGAGUUUUCUUUGCUCCAGAAUCUGACCACAGCUCUGUCAGAUGAUGACGCCCACUACGUGAUCCGAUUUGCAAACAGCCUCUUCUUGCAGGAGGGGGUCACUUUCAACCCGGAGUUUCUGCACCUUAUGAAGAAGUACUUCAGAGCUGAUGUGGAAACAGUCGACUUCAAUGAAUCAGCAGCUGUGGCCGAACACAUCAACAGUUGGGUGGAGAAUCACACUGAGAGUGAGUGAACACAAAGACGCACACAUUGUCAGCCCCCAGUUGCAAAAAUCAUGAUUCUAUCAUCAGCUGCGUCACAGCAGGACUUUCCUCAGGCUAAUGAAUGCAGAUCCGAACUUGCCAUUUAUCACCCCCUCCAGGUAAGAUCCGAGAGCUGCUGUCAGCCGAGGACUUCAGCAGCGUGACCCGCCUGACCCUGGUGAAUGCUGUCUACUUCAGAGGCUCCUGGAAAAACCAGUUCAGGCCAGAGAACACCAGAACCUUUUCCUUCAGCAAGGAUGAUGGCUCUGAGGUCCAGACUCUCAUGAUGUACCAGCAGGGAGACUUCUACUAUGGUAAGCUUCAGCCCUGUGUGUGUGUUCCUGUGGAUGUCAUUUUAGGUUUUUACUUGUAGCACUUUUGUUGUGCUUCAAAUUUGGGCUCAUUUUUCCCGAGGUUGUUUAAAAUGUUAAUUCUGGAUCUGAAAUAUUUAGAGUUAGAGUGUUAUUCCCAAGAAAGGCUCUCUUUUUCUAUUCAGUGAGCUCAUUUGCUCCUAAAUCCUACUAACAGAAACUCCUCUGUUAUCUGGAAUAUAGGACUAUUGGAUGAUAUCACACAUUUUCUUGUAUGGGUUUCACUUUAAAUGACAAAAAACUUUGACGAUUAAUCAUCUUGAUUACAUUCGGCUUUACAAAUGCAGUUAGGGUUAGUGUUCUAGAUUGGAUUUAUCUUUUUUUUUUGCGCACCAUUGAAGUUUAAGAUAUGUGUUCAUGGUUUUUUGGUAGAUUGUAUUUUAUAAUGUAAUAUUUUUUGUCCCAUAUUUUGCAAUAAUUUAGGAACUGUUAAAUCAUUAUAUAUUUAGCAAUACUUUUCUCUUUUUUUGUAAGAUCCCAAAUGUCAUGAAUGUCGCUGUAUUUCAGAAUUUUUGGUCAAUAGUAGAAAAAAUAUUGCAUAGUUUUUUCCAGAUAAAGCAGUAAACUAUUUUUGGAUAAUGAAUGUAUUGCUUUUUACUGAACAAGAAGUAUUAAAGACAUACUGAAAACAACAUUUUUUUAAGCAUAGAAAGACUAAAUUAGGUUUAAAAAUAAAUAAAUAAAAGCAGAACAUCCACCCGGAUUCAAAGUAAUUUUUUGAACUGCUUUAAGCACUUUAAUCAAUAAUAUACGGUGGCUGUUAUCUUGAUACAUGUCAAAUCUGUUAAUUCGGUGCUCUAAAUCAACAUGAGGGUCUUGAUUGUGCAAGCAGAGUCCUAAAGGUGUUUUUGAUGCUCUUACAUGUGAACUGCUUUCAGUCUUUUUUUUUUUUUUUUUUUUCAGUUAGUCAUUUUUUAUUUAAGACUCAAAAACAUAUUCUUACUGCGCUGCUGCUAAAAGUGACACUUUUGGGUUAGUUUGGUGCAAUCUGUGUGUGCAGUGAGAUGGCACAGUUUCAUACACCUACGUUCACAUACUGCACACAGAAUCAUUCUCACACAUUCAGAACAAGGAAAUGCGUGUGUGUGCGUGUGUGCGUGUGUGUGUGUGUGUGUGUGUGUGUGUGUGUGUGUGUGUGCGUGCUCGCGUGCUUGAGAACUGCAGAACAGGGACAAGUCCUUGGAGAGAAAGCUGUGUCUGCAUUCUUAUUGUAAAGCAAAAUCAUGUUGGUUAAAGGGAUAUUCCGGCGUUAAAUUAAAUUAGGGUCAAACACACCGUAACACCGAGUUAGACACUCCGUCAUGAGAUUAAUUUUGCUGACCGCUUGCUUCUCUAGUUAUACCAUCUUAAGUAACAACCGCACCAUAGCAAUACACAGCAGUCUGAGGAGCCAUAAACAAACCUCAACCAAAAAGCCACUUUAUAGCCACAAAUCAUGCUCAGAACAGCACCUAACUUCAUCAACAGUACAUAUAGGGUCCUAGACAUAGUACUAGCCAUUAAACAUCUUUUUAACUUUGCCUAAUUUCUUUAGCAAAGAGACUAAACACAACUCACCUACUCUCUUCCAGCAGUUGCUUGUUUGUAGCAAGACCUCGGGCCAGUCCAUUACGGACUACAGUGGGGUGACACAGCUCAAGGAAGAACAUUUAUGAUUAUUACUUCAAGGAAAUGAUAAAGUAAUGGUCAUAAAUGCUCUACCUUGAGCUGUUAUACCUAGAGAAGCAAGCGGUCGGCAACGUUCACCUCUCAAAGGGGGUGUCUAACUCGGUGUUACGGUGUGUUUGACCCUAGAUUAAUUUUAUGCCGGAAUAUCCUUUUAAAGUAAAAGUCCUCUGAAGCCCCGCCCCCUCUUUCUGCUGCUAUAUCUGCGUUGUAUAUCAGCCGCUGCAACACAGAGUAACACAUGAUAAAUGAAGACUAAUGAGUCACUUUCUUUUAUUUAUUCUUUUAUGGAGGGAAAGAUCAUGAAAUGCAAAUAAUGGGAUAAAGUCGGCAUUAUUAAUUGCCCCGUGAUCUGCAUCUCACAGAAGAACAAGUCAGUCAGAUGGUCUAACAUGUAGAUUGAAAAUCAUGUGAGGCUUUUGUGUGUAAAAUGAUUGAUCUUGUCCUCAAUAAGUAUUUCUGUACAAGUACACCCAUGUCGGCGUAUCGUGUGAGAAACAUAUUUAGCUGUACACAUCUGUGUAUGUACUCUUCACAAACCCAUGAUCAAAGGCACCAAUGCACAUCUGAGGCUGUCAUUGUACUUUUAAUACACAUAUUUGUUUUCAGGCGAGUUCAGCGAUGGAACACAGGAAGCGGGGGGCGUUUACCAAGUGUUGGAGAUGCCCUAUGAGGGUGAAGACAUGUCUAUGAUGAUCGUUCUGCCCCGGCAGGAGGUGCCACUGGCAUCACUGGAGCCCAUCAUUAAAGCACCACUUCUGGAGGAGUGGGCUAACAACGUCAAACGGCAGAAGGUGGAGGUCUACCUACCCAGGUAAGAGACAACACACGGAAACACUUACAAGUAAACAAAUCCAAAUCCAACCAGCUUCAAAAGCGCAGAGAGGUUUACAUUUCCAAGAAUCAAAACACCCAUAGAGAACGUCACAUGUAACUGAUGAUUUCAAUUAAGAGGCUGAAAAGCGCCUUAAUGAUGGUAAUGCAUUUUACGUUCAUCAAAAUGCGGCCCCCAUUAUCGGAAGCCUGUGAAUGAUUUGUUUAUUCAAAUAAAUGACAAAAUGACUGUUCUUGAAAUAGAUAUUUUCUUUCUAAAGGGCAAAAAAAAUGCACCUCUGAUGUGAAGACAGGAAUAAUGAAUAAUUACGUUCAAAUUUGGCCAAUUAUUGUGUAAGAAUAUCAAAAUGUAAAUGACUGUAACACACUAAUGGAUGCUGAAAUACUUGAAGUCUGAUUUUUCUUUUAAAAACACAAGUACAUUUCUACCUUCUUUUUGACUAGCUACUGCAAAAGCUUGGAAAAUUAUAAAGGUUGUACAGAUAAUACUUGUUGCCACCUUUUGAUCUCAAACUAGAAUGUAAAAGUUGAUCUACAAAGACAUGACUUUUCCAUUUUCACUUCUUUAUUCAGGUUUAAAGUUGAGCAGAAAAUCGACCUGAGGAGCACUCUACAGGAGCUGGGAAUAAAGAACAUCUUCACCAACAAUGCGGAUCUCUCCGCCAUGACAGGUAACACUCAGCUGAAAAAGACCCAAACGUAACAUAAAUGAAAUCCUACUCCAAAUUUAGCAAGAACUGUUGAUUCAGUAUCUCUGUUCUUGGCUGCAUGAAGUAGCCUCAGUAACCUAGAUGAGCAGCACAUAGUUGGCAGGUCAGAGCCGUCACAUCAUCUGGACAAAAAAAAGAAAAGAUUUAGAGAGUGAAAGACAUACCAAAGAGGCAGAAAAAAUUGAGAAGUAAUUCAAUAUGGAUAACAGAUUUCAUCAUUCUUAUAUUGCUAGUGCUUUAUAUACAAUCUAUUCCAAUGUACAAAUGAAUCAGAAGUAGUUAUUUUUUCUAGGGUGACACAAAUGCUCAGACGGCUGAACCAAAAGACAAACAUUUCAGUACACAGUGAAAACAUCAUUAUACAUUAUCAUCCGACUGGUUAGCUGAGGAAUUGUUCUUCUCCAGCAAGAAGAUAAGAGAUGUUAUUUUCAAUGCUUUUAUUUUAAUCAUGAAAAAUGUGACCCUAUGCUCUGGUAUGUCAUGUUGAUUUUGUUUCCUGGUCUUGAAAAGUCUGCUUCUGCACAGACUGAGAGUGUGGCUCUAAUGUUAGACUCAAUAUCACACCUUUUUACUGACUGACUGAUCAUUUUGUUAAGACGAGGUGACAAUUCAUGUGCCUUUAUGUCUGUGUGUGUGAAAUAGAUGGUAAGGACCUGUAUAUUGGGAAGGCAGUGCAGAAGGCUUACCUUGAGGUGACUGAGGAGGGGGCAGAGGGAGCCGCUGGGUCAGGUAGACAUUUUUCUUUAUUCUUCUGUAUAAUCCUAAUCCGCAAUAACAUUUCUGCAGACAUAAUGUUCUCUUUGUGUAAACUAGUCUGAAAGUUAAAGUGGAGUCUGCUCACGCCUCCUCUCUCUCUGUCUCAGGAAUGAUUGCCUUGACCAGGACCCUGGUGCUGUACCCACAGGUCAUGGCCGACCACCCCUUCUUCUUUGUCAUUAGGAACCGGAGGACUGGUAUGUGUGUCUCAGUGCAUGCUUAUACAAAAUGUAUGUGUGUGUGUGUGGUUUUAAACCUAACUUUCCAUCUGGUCCCUCUUCCUCCAGGGUCCAUCCUCUUCAUGGGCAGGGUCAUAACCCCUGAAGUCAUCGAUCCCAACGACCAUGACUUUGACUCCAUGUAA